AUGGCUGACGCAGGAGGAGAUGAAGUUAAAAUCCCAUCGGCUGCCGCACCUGCGGUUAUGGACGUUCAGGCUGCGUUGAAAGCAGUACUUCGUUCCGCUAGUUUUGCCGAUGGACUCUCGAAGGGUCUCCACGAGGCCGCUAAGGCUCUCGAUAAGAGAGAAGCACACUUUUGCGUGCUUGCCGAGAAUUGUGAUGAGCCGAUGUACGUGAAACUCGUCGAAGCUCUCUGUAAUGAGCACAACAUUCCUCUCAUCAAGGUAGCCGAUAAGAAAAUCAUUGGUGAAUGGUGCGGUCUCUGCAAGUACGAUAAGGAGGGCAAAGCUCGCAAGGUUGUGGGAUGCUCGUGUGCUGUGGUCAAGGAUUAUGGCAAUGAAGACCAAGGAAAACAGGUCCUGCAACAGUACUUCGACUCGAAGAAGUAA